AUGGAAGACGAUGAAGAACCGCCAAUGGAAAUCUUUUUGAGAGGCUACGAUCCGGUGACUGUGGCCGCCUCCUUGACGUUACGCCUUCCCUUCAACAUGAUCCACGGAUCGACAAAUGGGAAUCCCUACUACUCUCGAAGAAGACUCUCGCUGAUCGAAGCUUUGAACAACAGCAUUCAAGAGGAUUUUGACCCAACAACAACAAAACUUCAAGCUCUCUCUUUCAACAACAAUAAUCCAGCUGACGAUCUACUCACUCAUAUAAUCCCAAGCAAAAGUAGCUUUGUUGACGACGAUUUAGAUGAGAUGAAUCGAAGUUUCUUCUUUGGAGAUCAUGGAAAUGAACGAGUCUACAGCAUUCGACAGAUUUUAGCUCAGAAUCCUGAAUCAUUCCCUGAUCGAGGUCGCCUUUCAAUGAAAUUACCGCGUUUCUACUCAAGGAGUAAAGCUGAUGAGAAUGCUUAUAUUCCGGAACUAAUCCGACAACUCGAUCGACCAGUGAAAAAUCAGAAACGUUCUAAAAGUCAACCAAUGGCUCCAUCCCCGAAUGAAUCCGAUGAUGAUUAUGAAACUGUUCAACAUAUCUCAAGAGUACAAGCUCCAGCUGAAGAAUGGUCGAGAGGAUGUCGGUGUUCAUUGCAAAGUACCUCAUCGAGUGGGUCUCGAAGCAAUGGAAGUACUGAAUCUUCGUCUGAUGGGGCAAUGAUCGCCGAGGCCUCGUUCGAUCAUGUCGCACUGUUGCCAGACGAGCUUCCAUUUGCUGCUGGUGAUGUGAUCUCUAUCUUUGAUGCCAGCUCUCAAACAGGACUUUGGUAUGGCAGCUGUGGAGAAAGUCAAGGAUGGUUCCCAGCUAGUCAUGUCAGGGUUGUUUCUGGCUCUUCCUCUAGACCCUCAUCCACUUCAUUGUCGACAGACUCUUUCCCGCAAUCGAUGAGAACACAACGAGCAAAUGUUGUUGAAGAGUUGAUGAACACAGAAAGGGAUUACGUUAGAUUAUUGGAAAACAUUGUCCAAGGUUUCUUGGAACAAACAAGAAGAAGAUCUGAGCUUUUUUCUUCUCAACGAGUUAGAAAUAUUUUUGGAAACAUCCAAUCAAUCUACUUGUUGCAUUCGAAAAUUUUGAGAGAUCUAGAGAUUGCAUUGGAUCAAUCAUCACCAGAAAAUACUUGUCUUGGAUCAGCUUUCUUAAGAAAUAAACAAUCUUUCGCUAUUUACUCUGAUUAUUGCAACAAUCGACCGGUUUCUUGUGCUGAAUUAGCAAUCCUCACUAGACAACCAAUUUAUCAUCAAUUUUUUGAGGCUUGCCGUCUCCUCCGAGGAAUGCCUAAUUUGAGUCUUGAAGGGUUCUUGCUAACCCCCGUUCAACGAAUUUGCAGAUAUCCACUUCAGUUGGCUGAAUUGUUGAAGGCAACCCCGGACAGUCAUGAGGAUCGAACAGCCUUGGAGGCAGCUGAACGAGCGAUGAGAGCUGUCGCUGCUCAGAUCAACGAUCGAAAGAGAAGAAUUGAGGCUUUACAAGAUAUCGCUCUUUGGCAGAAAAAUGUUCAUGGAUGGAGGGGACCAGAUCUCCUUGAGAACAACAGUGCUAUGUUGAGAUCCGGUGAAGUCUUCUGCCGAAGUGUUGCCCCGAAUUCAAGUCAAUGGUCAAAGGAUAUUUUACUAUUCCUCUUUGAUCAAUCAAUCGUUAUCUGUAAAAAGGAUUUGAUCAAAAAGAACUUUUACAUUUUCAAAGAGCGAAUGUCAUUACAACAAACAAAUGUGGUCGAUGUUCGCGAUGGAAAAGAUUCGACUUUCAAUGUAAACGUGAAGAACUCUUUCAAGCUGAUCGGCCCUGGGAAACAAUAUCUCUUCAGUUGCAAUGAUAAGAAGACAAAAGCUGCUUGGUUGGCGGCUUUCGAUAAGCGAUGUCUCUCCUAUCCAUCCGCUACAGCAGAAGAGAAGCGAUUAGCCAUCGCCACACUGAAUAACUUGAAAUUAGCC